AUGGCGUCGAACGAGGACGAUGAGAAUGACGCGAAGUGGAAGGCGCUGGACGCGCGCGUCAACGAGUACCCGUGCGCGCGAAAGUUUCAAGCCAUCGGCUUGGACGACGGAACGUUCGUCGAUAGCGUUCGAGAGAUGAUUUCGGAGGCGCUGGGUGGGAGGUACAUACAUCCGGAGAACGUGACGGCGAGGCCGAGCUCGAAGGGGAAGUACGUGAGCGCAAACGUGACGCUGGAGAUGGAGAGCGGGGACGACGUGUUGGCGGUGUACGGGGUUUUGAAGGCGGAUAAGCGCGUGUUGUGGUACCUGUAG